AUGACCAAGCCGCGAAUUCUAAUCAGCAACGACGACGGAAUCACGGCGCCGGGGCUGCUCGCACUGGCAGCCGCCCUGCACUGCGACGGCUUUGCGACAUUUUCAGUGUCUGCGCCUUCCGGGGAGCGGUCUGCGCAGAGCCACUGCAUCAGCGUGGGCAAGCACCUGCACGCCUGGCAGCUGGAGGUCGAGGGCGCGGAGGAGGCAUUUGCGGUGGACGGCACCCCAGCCGACAGUGUCAUGAUUGCGCUCUACGGCCCGCUGCUGGCCAACCCCACGUUCCAGCUGGUUGUCAGCGGCAUAAACCGCGGGGACAACUGCGGCCUGCACGUGAUAUACUCGGGCACGGUGGGCGCGGCGCGCGAGGCGGCCUGCAAGGACGUACCAUCCAUUGCCGUCUCUCUGGACAACUACUUGGCCCGCACAGAGGAGCAGUACGAGGCGGCCGCCGCCUACUCCCUGGCGCUGAUGAAGGCGGUGCUGGGGGUGCUGCCGCCGCCGGGGCGCCACCUGUUUGGGGCCUCGCACCUGGCGGGGCACGUGGUGAACGUGAACGUGCCCAAGGGCGGGCUGGCGGACAUCCGGGGCCUGUACCUGGCACACCAGGGCCAGCACUGCCACUUCCCUGACUUCCAGGCACGCGCCGGCCGCACGCGCGGCAGCGAGCUGGAGGCUGACGCGCAUGUGAGGGAGGGGCAUGCGGGCGCGGUGACGCUGCGCGCCUUCCGCAACGCGGCGGGCAGCCUGCGGGGCGACCUGUCGCAGGGCUGCGACUCGUGGGCUGUGGGGCAGGGCUGGGCGGCGGUGACGCCCAUCUGCCUGCGGUCAGACAUGCCCCUCACCGCGACGGCGGCAGCGCAGCGGGAGCAGCCGCAGGUGCUGCUGGCAGUUGCGUCGGCCAUGCAGGCAGCUGCCAAACACCUGGGGGCGCAGCUGGAAAGGAAGCUGCCUGUUGCGGCUCGCCGCGCGGCCCGCACCCCCGGGUGCCACAGGAACGCGGCGCGGCCCCACAAGAACACCACCGGCGCAACCUCGCUCUGA